AUGCGCGCCGAUGUAUGCAGACUCGCCGCUGGAGAGCUGAUGGUGCAACUGUUAAUGGAGGGGGUUGUGGUGCCCCUUCAGCCGAUUCCAGUAGUCGGUGACCAGGGGGUGCUGCUGUUCCCAAGGGGAGAUGACGUACGCCUGGAACUGGCAUGGCUAUCGCGUGAUCGAACCAACAUGGAGCUGGACGGGUUCGUAAUGGCCUCGGCGAUCACGAGCAUAGCCAGGGCGUUGGGGUACAACCUAAAUGAGCUCCGGGCAGCAUGUGCUCACGAGCUGGGCACGUGUGGGACGCCUCUUCUCGUACGAUCACAUGCGGCUGAGAACUUGGCGGAGCGUCAGGCCUGCAAGGAGACGCUGGCCGAUAUGCUGCACGAGAAGCCAGAGCCUCUACCUCCUUCCCCCGCGAUAUGGUCCCACAAACAUCAGGAUGAGACCGACGCGGCCCUCAAGGCGCGCAUAGAAAGCGCGGAGAUGAACGGCUCGAACACACCUGAUACCUCACCAGGGAAGGGUCAGGUCGGUGAGAUGCAAAAGACACGGUCUGCAGCGGCGAGGGCAAAAGCGGGUGCUGGCAUAGGGGAGAAGAAGAGGGGUGGCACGAGCGAGUACACUGGAGUCUGGUUUGAGACGCGUGUCAGGAAGUGGUGCACAAAGUUAACGGCCGAUCCGAGCACAUGGCGUCAGGUUCGGCUGGGCGCAUACCAGAGGGAGGAGGACGCGGCUUACGCUUACGCCGCUGGAGCAUUCGUGAUUCGGAGGAAGGACACCUUUCCCAAGGUCAUGGAACUGAACGCGGGUGAGAUGGCUGCGCUUGAGGGGUGCAUUGAGGAUGACGUGCGUCACCUCAUGCAUAAACGGCAGUGGUAUCGGUGGAGGGAAUGGCGGAAGGCAAUAGAUGACAUAGGGGUCAAGCCAGGCACACCUUUUGAGCUGGAGAAGAGUGGCAAGGCGAACUCUCAGGCUCCCCGCGAAGGCACUAGUGUGGACGCACCUGGCGAAGCGGGUGAUGCGGAUGGGGAGAGCGUAGAAGGGACAUCCAGGCGGCCUCCGGUGCCAAAGGCAUGGGGCGCGAGGGAUAAGAAGGCGGUUGAGAUAUGCGAGCAGUUGCGUGUGCAUCUCUUCAUCGCGGCGGACAGCAAGUCCAUGACUUUCUACCCGAGCAGCGCGGCAAAGACGGCAGCUUUGUGCGCCGUCAUCGAGAACCUGCCCCUCCCUUUCGCCAGUCUGGCUCUAGCGGCAAACAAGGCUAGGCGCUCCGACCUCAACCGCACACUGAGCGACUGGAAGACGGCGGCUGCUGGACGCGUGCGCGACAUUGCGCUGCCGAAGCUGGGGCUUUUCCGCGACGAACGGGACGCUCGAAGCCCGUGGGCGGCACCUAGGGCACGUUCGGCGGCGAGGGUCCGGGAGCGACUUGCGUUGACGUUGGAUGGGGAGGGUAAGUCACCUUUUGAAAUGCACCGCAGGCCUCGUAUGAUCAACGGCACUGUGACGCUGAAGCUGUACCACAUGGCGUGGCUCGAGCACGUGGUGACGGAUGCCAUCCGCUUCUGGGAAACACGCAAGGGAAGGCUGUCCAACUCUGCGGGUGUCAACGCGCAGAUCGUAGACGGGCUCCUCGAGUGUGCACUGACGGACGUUAUGGCGGCGGUCGAUGAGUUCCAGCCGGCGUACGACGCGCCCACUUCAUCGUGGGCAUGGGGCCGCCAUGGCCUGCGCCUUUCUUCCUGCGGCAUCGAGCGACAGGCGACAGCGGCGCCAGCUGGCAGCGAGAGCGUGAGGGAGGGAGACAAUCUCUCUCUGAACUGA